UUAUUGGAGUGUGGAGCAAGCGGCCGGUCUGCAGUCGGAGACUUGCAGGCAGCAAAUACGGUGCGAACAAACUGGAGGGGGAAAAAAAAAUUAAAAAGCUGAACGUGGAGCAGCCGGCCGGAGAUCGAGAAGGGGAAUCGAUGCGAGGAGCGCAAUACUAAUUUUUUAAAAAAUUCAAAAACAAAAAAAAAAAUCCAAACCCAAACCCAUCUCGGAGCAAACAGCAUUUAAAAAGCUACCACUCAACUGAAAGCUAAAAUAAAACCUGCUCAUGCACCAUGGUUUUUCAAACUCGGCACCCUUCAUGGAUUAUUUUAUGCUACAUCUGGCUGCUCCGCUUUGCACACACCGGGGAGGCGCAGGCUGCAAAGGAAGUACUACUGCUGGAUUCUAAAGCACAACAAACAGAGUUGGAAUGGAUUUCCUCUCCACCCAAUGGGUGGGAAGAAAUUAGUGGUUUGGAUGAGAACUACACCCCGAUCCGAACGUACCAGGUGUGCCAGGUCAUGGAGCCCAACCAAAACAACUGGCUGCGGACUAACUGGAUUUCGAAAGGCAAUGCACAAAGGAUUUUUGUAGAAUUGAAAUUUACCUUGAGGGAUUGUAACAGUCUUCCUGGAGUACUGGGAACUUGCAAGGAAACUUUUAAUUUGUACUAUUAUGAAACAGACUACGACACUGGCAGGAAUAUAAGAGAAAACCUCUAUGUAAAAAUAGACACCAUUGCUGCCGAUGAAAGUUUUACCCAAGGUGACCUCGGUGAAAGAAAGAUGAAGCUGAACACUGAGGUGAGAGAGAUUGGACCUUUGUCCAAAAAGGGAUUCUAUCUUGCCUUUCAGGAUGUAGGGGCUUGUAUAGCUUUGGUUUCUGUCAAAGUGUACUACAAGAAGUGCUGGUCCAUUAUUGAGAACUUAGCUAUCUUUCCAGAUACAGUGACUGGUUCAGAAUUUUCCUCUUUAGUGGAGGUUCGAGGGACAUGUGUCAGCAGUGCUGAAGAAGAAGCAGAAAAUUCACCCAGGAUGCACUGCAGUGCCGAAGGAGAGUGGUUAGUGCCCAUUGGAAAAUGUAUCUGCAAAGCAGGAUACCAGCAAAAAGGGGACACAUGUGAACCCUGUGGUCGUGGGUUCUAUAAAUCUUCUUCUCAAGAUCUUCAGUGCUCUCGUUGUCCAACUCACAGUUUUUCUGAUAAGGAAGGUUCCUCAAGAUGUGAAUGUGAAGAUGGAUAUUAUAGGGCCCCUUCUGACCCAUCAUAUGUUGCAUGCACAAGGCCUCCAUCUGCACCGCAAAACCUCAUUUUCAACAUCAACCAAACUACAGUAAGUUUGGAAUGGAGUCCUCCAGCAGACAAUGGCGGAAGAAAUGAUGUGACCUAUAGAAUAUUGUGUAAACGGUGCAGUUGGGAGCAGGGCGAGUGCGUUCCCUGUGGGAGUAACAUCGGAUACAUGCCCCAGCAAACUGGAUUAGAGGAUAACUAUGUCACUGUCAUGGACCUGCUAGCCCAUGCAAAUUAUACUUUUGAAGUCGAAGCUGUAAAUGGAGUUUCUGACUUAAGCCGUUCCCAGAGGCUCUUUGCGGCUGUCAGUAUCACCACUGGCCAAGCAGCUCCCUCGCAAGUGAGCGGAGUAAUGAAGGAGAGAGUGCUGCAGAGGAGUGUGGAGCUUUCCUGGCAGGAACCAGAGCAUCCCAAUGGAGUCAUCACCGAAUAUGAAAUCAAGUAUUACGAGAAAGAUCAAAGGGAACGGACCUAUUCGACAGUAAAAACUAAGUCUACUUCAGCCUCCAUUAAUAAUCUGAAACCAGGAACAGUGUAUGUUUUCCAGAUUCGUGCUUUUACAGCUGCUGGCUAUGGAAAUUACAGUCCCAGACUUGAUGUUGCAACACUAGAGGAAGCUACAGGUAAAAUGUUUGAAGCUACAGCUGUAUCCAGUGAACAAAAUCCUGUUAUUAUCAUUGCUGUGGUUGCAGUAGCAGGGACCAUAAUUUUGGUAUUUAUGGUCUUUGGUUUCAUCAUUGGAAGAAGGCAUUGUGGAUAUAGUAAAGCUGACCAAGAGGGGGAUGAAGAACUUUACUUUCAUUUUAAAUUUCCAGGCACCAAAACCUACAUUGACCCUGAAACCUAUGAGGACCCAAAUAGAGCUGUCCAUCAGUUCGCCAAGGAGCUAGAUGCCUCCUGUAUUAAAAUUGAGCGUGUGAUCGGUGCAGGAGAAUUUGGAGAAGUCUGCAGUGGUCGACUGAAGCUCCCAGGGAAAAGAGAUGUUGCUGUAGCCAUCAAAACCCUGAAAGUCGGUUACACAGAGAAACAAAGAAGAGACUUUUUGUGUGAAGCAAGUAUCAUGGGGCAGUUUGACCACCCGAAUGUUGUCCAUUUGGAAGGGGUUGUUACGAGAGGAAAGCCAGUCAUGAUUGUCAUAGAAUUCAUGGAAAAUGGAGCUCUAGAUGCAUUUCUCAGGAAACAUGAUGGACAAUUUACAGUCAUUCAACUCGUCGGAAUGCUGAGAGGAAUUGCUGCCGGAAUGAGAUAUUUGGCUGAUAUGGGAUAUGUUCACAGGGACCUUGCUGCUCGCAAUAUUCUUGUCAACAGCAAUCUUGUUUGUAAAGUGUCAGAUUUUGGCCUAUCCAGGGUUAUAGAGGAUGAUCCUGAAGCUGUCUAUACAACUACUGGUGGGAAAAUUCCAGUGAGGUGGACUGCACCUGAAGCUAUCCAGUACCGGAAAUUCACAUCAGCCAGUGACGUAUGGAGCUAUGGAAUUGUCAUGUGGGAAGUUAUGUCGUAUGGAGAAAGACCUUACUGGGACAUGUCAAAUCAAGAUGUUAUUAAAGCAAUAGAAGAAGGUUAUCGUUUGCCUGCACCUAUGGACUGCCCAGCUGGUCUGCACCAGCUGAUGCUAGAUUGUUGGCAGAAGGAGCGCGCUGAAAGGCCAAAGUUUGAACAAAUUGUUGGAAUUCUAGACAAAAUGAUUAGGAAUCCAAAUAGUCUGAAAACACCCCUGGGAACAUGUAGUAGGCCAAUAAGCCCUCUUUUGGAUCAAAACACUCCAGACUUCACUACCUUUUGUUCAGUUGGAGAAUGGCUACAAGCUAUUAAAAUGGAAAGAUAUAAAGAUAACUUCACAGCGGCUGGCUACAACUCCCUUGAAUCAGUGGCCAGGAUGACUAUUGAGGAUGUGAUGAGUUUAGGGAUCACACUUGUUGGCCAUCAGAAGAAAAUUAUGAGCAGCAUUCAGACUAUGAGAGCACAAAUGCUACAUUUACAUGGAACUGGUAUCCAAGUGUGAUAAGCAUUUCUCCCUUAUGAGGGAGAUUUUGGACUGCAAGAGAACAGUACUGGCUUUCAGUAUAUGCAUAGAAUGCUGCUAGAAGACAGAUGAUGUCCUGGGUCCUUCAUGCAGUGAAGAGAAAAAUUAAGAAGCACCUAUAGACUUGAACUCCUAAGUGCCACCAGAAUACAUUAAAAAAAAAAAAAGGGAAUUUAGGAUCCACCACUGGUGGCCAGGAAAACAGCAGUGACAAUAAACAAAGUACUACCUGAAAAACAUCCAAACACCUUGAGCUCUCUAACCUCCUUUUUAUCUUAUAGACUUUUUAAAAUGUACAUAAAGAAUUUAAGAAAGAAUAUAUUUGUCAAAUAAAAUCAUGACUUAUUGUUAAAUCAAUGAAAUAUUUUCCUUAAAUAUGUGAUUUCCGACUAUUCCUUUUUAAGAUCAUUUGUGUUUAUUCUUCAUAAGGACUUUGUUUUAGAAAGUUGUUUAUAGCUUUGAAACUUUUUAGUGUUAAUUGAUGACACAUUACUUAUUACACUGGGUACCUUUACAAGAAUCUCAAAUUUAAAACACACACACACUCAAACACACAGAGACAUGCACACACACACACACACACACACACAUGCGUGCACACAUACACACACAGAGCAUGAAAGAAGAUAUAUCUGUCAGAACAUUGGUAUCCUUUUUUUGUGCCAUUUUGUUUUGUUUAAUUAGUACUGUUUAUACUAUUGUUUGCUAAUUGGCAGGUAGUCAAGAAAAUGCAAGUUGCCAAGAGCUCUGAUAUUUUUUAACAAGAAAUUUUUUUGUAAAAAUCAGACAACAAACUAUCUUUUCAAUGAAAAAAAAGCAAUAAUGAUCCAUAAAUACUAUAAGGCACUUUUAACAGAUUGUUUAUAGAAUGAUUUUACUAGACAGAAUUUAAUUAAAAUAAACUCAAAUUGUAGGCUUACGACUAUAUUUAAAAAUAUGAGGCAAUUCAUCAAAGACUGAUGAAGACGAGUCUCUGAAAGCAAAAACUAUCCAGUGUUAUCUAAAAUUUUAUCUGAGCACAUCUUUUUGUUUUCAGUAUCCUGACAUUAGGAAAUUUGAGAACUAGUUAACAUAAAUUUUAUAACCUAUUCUGUUUAAUGCAGUCCAAAUACAAAAGGAAAGAAUUAAGUUUUAUAUUAGAAACUCUGAAGCAUGCUAAAAGGGGCAGUUCACAAUUUUCACCUUUCCAAAACAAAUUGCUGCACAGAAUAUCACUAUUGCAGUUCUGAAAAAUAGCCUUUUAUUUGUGAACGCUGAUGUGAGAAGCUUGUUAGAUGAAAAAGGACGUUUUACCAUCUAAGGGAGAGGUAAAGGAACUGGCUUUUCUUUUCUUAAGCUUUAUUUAUUAAAUCAUAUUAUUUGAUUACUGUGUAAACUUUCAUAAGCAAUAAUUAAAUGUGUCUUUAUAGAUAUUUCAGGAAUGUAUACAUAUUGUGAGUAAUGCUUUCAAAAGUUUUGAAAAUCAUGAACUACCCCAGAAUUGAACUGUUGUACUUCCAAAGAGAAUUGGGCUGUUUAUAAUGAUUUUAAUAGAAAAAGAUCCCAGGGAUCAGUCAUAAUUGGUCUUGUUUGAUAAUGUGGGCAUCCACAAACAAACAAAUAACAGAAGCAAAAUCUGUAAAUGUUUCUUUGUAAAACUUGUAAAUUUUAUUUAUACUGUCUUGUUUUGUACACACAUUUCUCUGUAGUGAGCUCUGGAUACAUUAAAAAUGCACUAUAUUUUUCUAUUUUACUUGCAGAGCAUCACAAAAGAACAGGUAUUUUCAGUGCUACACAAUGUGUUUUCCCACAUUUAGGACCAAAGAUGGCUAUAGAAAAACUCAAAUGGAUUGCUUCCCAAAACCUUCCCUAUCUUUUUUUUUCUUUUAACUCACUGUACAGUGUUAUUUGAUAUUUUAAUUUAUUUUUUUGAUUGACUAGAAAAAUCAUUUUAAUUUCACUAAAAUGUUUUUGUCCCUGAGGAAAAAUAAUCUGUAAAGUAAUUUUAAUUAGCAUAAUAAGUCACCUAGACACUUCCAUUUGUAAUCUUUGUAAUAGACUGUAAAUAUAUUUUUGGAACUAUAACACAAUGUGCUUGAGGGUUAUUUUUCAGUGUCUGCAGUGUAUACAAGUGUUUAUACUAAGUACAGCACUUUACAAUUCUAAUCAGUAGCAUUGGCCUUUGUGAGAAUGAGUGAAAGAGUUGAGUGAGUGUUCUUAAUUCCUUUUGGAUUCUAGACUCACUAAUAAUGAAGUUCUUUUCUUGUUCAUAGCUUAAGGUGCUUAUUUUUUCUAUUAAAAUUAAAUUAACAAAAAGCCAUUCUAGAAAUAGAAGACAUAGUAUGGUACAUGCAAACGGUGUCUUUCCUGCUUUUUUCUAGCUCUAGAUUUAUAGUUGAGUAGUCUUUCUUGAGUAGAAGGGCAGAAUAAAAGUUUUUUUGAGUUUUUUUUCAAAAAUAACUUUUUUCUUCAGCAAUAUACCUCAUCUGCCUUAAAUUUUUUACAGCUCUUUACAGGGAAAGGGGAGAAGGGAUGGGAAAGACACACAGCACAAUAGGAAGUGUAUGAGUACAUCACUCUUGUUUGUAGGUUUCUUUUCCCAAUUAACAUUAUGAUUUUUAAAUACAUGUAUGUGAAACAGAUAUUCAGAGUUAAAGAAUUAACAUUGUAAUGCUGAUUGUAAUACUCUCUUCCAGAAAGAGAUGGAAUGGUAAAACAAUAAGAAUGUAAAACUUGCACCUUGAAAUACUUUCUUUUGAUAAAUUAGUGCUCAGGGGAGGAAAGGUAGAGAAAGCAAAUGUCAAACUGAGAAUUCAAAAAAUUUUAAAAAUGCAAAAGGAAAUGGCCUCCUUGCUUUAACAGAGCCACCUUUUUUAGAACACUGUCUUCACACUUGACUUGUGUUUUGCAUUCAGUACUGAAAUAAAAGUACUUUUUAUUACGUCUGAAUCUAACAUUUUCUCGGCAAUUGACCUGGCCUUGUUUACGAGAACUGGUGGUUUAUGCUUGUCAGAGCACUAUUAGUUGAAUCAUAUUGUAUACUUAUGUAAUCUACAUUAGCUAGUACUAUUUAGGACUAUAUUUUAAUUGCUCCUCUUAUCCGUGUUUUUAAGACAAUUAAAAUGGUGUAAUUCACCUCUCUUUUUAAUUUAGGUAAUGCUGAUAAUCUCCCUUUUGUUUCCUGGGUAGCCUAGAACUGUGCUACUCGCUGAUGUGCAUGUUCAAAUAAAUUACUGAUGUGUAUUUUUUUGCUAUAUGUGGCGGAAUCAUGGGGAACUCGGGGCGAGAUGUGCUUUUUGUUGGUUGAAUUUGUCCCUCCUUGCCUAAGAAUUAAUACAGGGGUCAUCCUUUUAUAAGGACAAACUGCUUUUGAACAGUGUCUUCAAUGUAUCAAGCACAAAUAUCUCUUUCUUCAACACGAAUCAUAAGUCUCUUUUUACCAGCUUAAAAUAAUAAACGAGUCUAUUAGACAAUGUAAAGAAAACCCUGUCUCCAGUCAUUGGUGGAUUCUUUACGUCCCUUAUUCAUGCUUCAUUUUCUUACACAAUAUCAUGACUGAGGUUGGAAUAAAGAUUUCAUUGAAA